AUGCCGGUGGUCGGCGAGGUCGCCUGCGCGCACGGCCUCCCGCUAGCCAUCUACUGGAUCCAGCCGGCGACCGUUCUCGCCACCUACUACCACUACUUCCACGGCCACGACGAGCUCCAUCAACUCGUCGCCGCCGCCGGCGCUGGCGGCGGGGCCAAUCUGAGGUCGUCGUCCUCAGACGAGGUGAUAAUUCUUCCAGGCCUGCACCGCCCUCUUAGAGCCCGCGACAUGCCGAGCUUCUUUUUCAGCGAGGAGAAGGCGCAGGACGACGACGGGCUGUCCAAGCUGGUGCUCCAAUCGAUGCGCGAGCUGUUCCAGCAGAUGGACGACGAGAAGCCGGUGGUUCUGGUGAACACGUUCGGCGCGCUGGAAGACGCCGCGCUGAAAUCACUGAAAUCACUCCAGCCAUACAUGGACGACGACGUCCAAGUCUUCGCCGUCGGGCCGGCAGUUCCGUUGAAGAACGACGACGGGAGCGGCGAAUUCGCGCAGAUCCAUCUGUUCCAGCACGACGAGACGGCGGCGUACAUGGAGUGGCUGGACUUGCAGCCGGAGAGGUCCGUCGUCUACCUCUCGUUCGGGAACCUGCUGGGGUACACGAGACGGCAAGCCGAGGAGGUCCUCCACGGGCUGCGAUCCACCGGCCGGCCCUACCUGUGGGUGGUGCGCAGGGACGGCCGCGCCGAGGCGGAGGUGGACGACGACGACCUCUGCCUGACGGACGCGGCGGCGAAGGGGGUGGUGGUGGAGUGGUGCGACCAGCAGCGGGUGCUGGCGCACCCGUCGGUGGGGUGCUUCGUGACGCACUGCUGGUGGAACUCGACGCUGGAGGCCGUGGUGUGCGGCGUGCCCAUGGUCGCCGUGCCGAGCUGGUCGGACCAGCCCGUGAACGCGUGGCUGGUGGAGGAGUGGGAGGUGGGCGUCAGGGCGGAGAUUGGCGCGAGAGGAGCUCGCGAGGUGAGGGAGAACGCGAGUGGGCUCAAGGAGAAGGCAAGGCAGGCCGUGGCUGCGGAUGGGCCGUUGGAAACGAGGUCUUCGGAGAUUUGUUGA